GUCCCCAAGCGUGUCCCGCCCGGCCGUCAGGGCCCGGGCUCCCACGACCAGUCCUGGCCCAGUCCAGUGCAGGCACAGCCGACAAACCUGUGACCAUUUGCGCAUACACACGUAGGCUACGUCGAGGCGCACAUUGCAUGUGCGGAGCAAGGGCUGAGCGUGAGGCCGAGACACAUGCAGUACACCUACUGUAGCCAGCCCUUGCAUAACAUACACUUGUGCACCUCAGGCAAAUAAAAUACUGACCACAACCUGGUUUUGCUCUCCUUCGGGCAAUUCAGGACGGAGAGAGCAGCAGCCGCUCCGACUGCUCGGGCUUAACCAAACUCAUCAAAAGCAAGAUGCUGCCUAUAUGAGUGAUUCAAUUCCGUCAAAAUCCAGCACAGCCUGACUUGCCACUGCAAAGCGACGAUUUGACUACAGACGCUUUCACACGAAGCUUUAAAAUUUGUGGCAUAAAUGCGUAGCCAAAAAUGCCUAUGGAUACCAGCGAGGAAACGCAUUUGUUGACGUUAGCGCCGCGGAAUACACUCCAGUGGUCACUGGAGCUCAGGUCAGAAAUGGAGCCCCAGGACUGCAUUGAGCCAAGCUUGGCAGCAGAAUCUUCCGUCCCAGGCGGCUGUCGGGUACUGGGCUGCCUGAGGAGCAUGGCCAGCGAACGUAAAUACUACCAGCGGCACAUGAUCUGUGAACUACACCUCAAGUGCCUCACCCUGGUGGUUGAGGGCCAGCGCAUGCGCUUCUGCCAGCAAUGUGCGCGCCUGCACCCGCUUACGGAGUUCGACAGCGAUCAGAGGUCAUGUCGAGUCCGCCUCAAGCACCGCAACACGCGCCGCGUGUUACUGAAGCGGCAACGCAGAGAGGAGGAGCGGCGUCGCGGCGAAGGGGAGCAAACCGGCGCAGCCGCCGGCACCGCUCCUGCCGCCGGCAACGCCAGUGGCAGCGCCUUGAAGAGAACUGCGCAGCAGGGCGCUCAGCUGCGAGCAGCAGCAGGUGGUGCCGCGGCCGAUGAUGACCGCACAAUCAGCGAGGACGAGGUUGGCGACAUCGGCAGCGAGUCUCCCACCAGCAGUUCUGGAGGCGACGGAGGAGGCAGGCGAGCCACUCGGAGGCCUGCUGCAGCAGCAGCAGCAGCCACUGCUGCCGCCGCUGACGGCGCGGUAGGCGGCGGCGGUCGUGUCACGCGCGCAGCUACUGUUGCUGCCGCUGCAGCCGCGGCAGCAGCAGGUGCCGCAGCCGGCUGCGGCGGCAUGAACGGCGGAUGCACCAUCAGUGACCUGCUGGGCGCUGCCGCGGCCGCAGUCCACAAUGACGAAGGGCGGCAGCUGCAGCAGGCGGCGCAAAUGACGGCGGCUGGUGAUGACGGCGGAGCAGCUGCAGACGGUGGAAGAGUCGCAGAGCAGCAGCAGCAGAUGCGGGGCCGGGCGCCGCCACCGCACAGCAGCGCCUCCGACCUGGCGGCUGCCGUACAGCGAGCCAAGGUGGCCAUCGACGUUGCCGCCGACACGCAUCAGCAAAUGGCAGUGGCGACGGCCGCCCAGCAGCAGCAGCAGGCGCUAGCUGACGCCCCACACAACGCUGGCGGCGCCGCCGUUGGUCGCCGCAGCAACUACGGCAGCGAUACCCCGCCUGCUGCUAGGCCGUACGGAAACGCGUGCAGCGGCGGCGGCGCCAGCCGAUUUGCUCAUUACUCCUCGGGGAGCUUUGGAGGCGCCGCUGCUGGUGCUGACGGCGCGACGGCCCUGACCGCGUCCGGCGGCGGGGCUGCUGGCGCAGCCGCUGCUGCUGGCGGCGGCGGACCGAUGGCCAGUAGUAGUCUCGCCGUCAAGGCGCACAGUGCCGGCGGCGGCGAGCAGCAGGCGCUGCUAGGCUUCUACAACUCGCCGCCGCAGCAGCGGCAGGAGCAGCAGUACGGCAUGGAAGGCGGGAUGAAUGGUGCAGCGGCGGCUUGGGGCAGCAGCCCCGGGUCUCCAAUGACGUUGUUGAUGAACUACGUGUCUGCUGGACUGGACGGGCGUGGCGGCGGCAGUUGUAAUGCUGAGCUUGGCGCUCGGCAGCUGCAGCGGCCCCACCAGCAACUGUCUGCUGUUGCUGGUCUUGCUGCGGCGGCAGGACCUGCUAACGGCGGCGGCAGUGGCGGCGCCGGCGGCGGCGGCCAGUACAUGAUGUUGAACGGAGGGUCCCCGUCACAGCAGCAACUGCUGCUUGUGGAAGACCUUCAGCAGCAGCAGGAGCGACGGCCCACCGAUGCGCCGCCGUCAUCGCUGCUAGGACCCCGCUUUCCCUCCUCCGCCUCGGCUGCAGCGGCCGCUGCCGCCCUCGGCUACAGCGCGUCCUUCGGCGCCCCCCGGUCGCCCAUGUACAUGUCUCCACCCCUUGCAGGAGCCGGCGGCGGGGCUCCGUUCGGCGGCGGCUACGGUGGCGGGCCUCUGGGCGGAUCUCCUGGACUGAUGACGGGCUCUGUCGACUCGCAUGGAGACCGCCAUCAGCAGCUAAUGCAGCAGCUGCAGCAACCUCGCAUGCGGCAGCAGCAGGUCUAUGGCUCUGAUGCAGCGUUGCUGCCGGCAGACGGCGGCGGCGGCGGCGGCGGCUAUGGCGGCGGGCGCUCGCUAAUGCCUCCCCAGCAGCAGCAGCAGCAGCAGGCGCUGCAGCUGGAUGCCUUGGGCCUGCUGGCUGCGGCGGGCCGCGGGCGCCAGGCCGGUAGCCAGCUAUCGCUGCUAGGGCUAAACAGCAACGGAGGCAGCGGUGGAAGCGGCGGGGGUCACCGUCAAUCGGAUGCGGCUGCCGCCGGCGGGGGCGUGAUGCUUGACCUGCACUUCCAGCAGCAACGGCAGCAGCAGCUUCUGGAGCGAAGCCCACUGCAGCUGGGCCUACCCGGCGGAUCGUUUAUUAGUGAUGCAGGCGGAGCUCUCGACGACAGCAGCAGCAUGCAGCUGCAGCAACAACCGCAGCUGCAGCAGCAGCCAUAUGACCACAACUUGCUGGUUCUCCAGCAGCACCAGCAGAUGCAGAUGCAAUUAUGGUCUGCUGGCGGCGCAGCUCCUGCUGCGCCCAUCUUUGUCAGCGGCGGCAGCGGCUGCGGGCCCUCAGCGCUAGCAGCGGCUCACCAUGGCGGCGGCGGCGGUGGCGGCGCGGCGCUGCUGCUGGGGAGCAGUCAGCACGACUUGGCUGCUGGUAUUCUGGGUGCCGCGCAGGGCAGCAGCUCCGCUGAUGGCACCGGCGGCGCAGGAUGGGCGCGCGGCGGCGCGAAUGGCGGCGGCGGCUUGUUCAGCGGUUUGGACAAUGCCGCCAGAGGCGGCAGCUGGUCCAACAUGACGACUGCCGCGCCGCCGCCGAUGUUUGGCCACCUGAGCCAGCAGCAGGCAAGUGGAGUCGCUGGCGGGCUCAUGUAUGGCGGCGGCGGCAGUGGCGGCAGCGGCGAUGGCGGCGGCUCGAUGACGGGUAUGGCAGCGCUUGACCCCCGAAUGCUAUCGCGGCAGCACCAGCAACAGGCGAGCGGCCACCGCACGAGCACUACCACCGGUAGCUGGCUGUUGGGCAACAGCGCGCCGCCCGCAGGAGCAGGGGUGUCGCUGCUUGGCGGCGGCACCGGCGGUGCUCACGGCGGCGGCACUGGUGGUAGUGGCGGCGGCGGCAAGCAGCUGUCGCCGCUGCCGUUGCCGCCGCGCGCACAUAGCCUGUCGCGUGCGGGCAGCAGCCCUGCGACCGGCAGCGGCACGCUUGACGGCAGUCUGCUUCCAGCGGGCGCGCUUGUGACCAGCCUAGGCGGUGGCAGCAGCGGUUGGAUCUUGGGACAGCAGCAAGCUUCAGCGGGAGCAGCCGGUGGCCUGGCUGGACCGGCCAAGGUGAUUGCUGCGCUGCAACUUCCAACCGCCGCCGCGGCUUUGAACUGGCAGCAGCAACAACAGCAUCACCCAUCACGCACGGAGCACCAGCAAUACCAGCAACAGCGCCUGCACCAGCGGUUCGAGCAACAGCAACAACAACUGCUGCAGAUGAGCAACGAAGUGGAACUUCAUACGCAGCAGCAGCAGCAGCGCAAUCAAUUCGUGAUGCAGCAGCACAUGCAACAGGUGCAAGACCUGCAGGAGCAGCAGCAGUACCACCACCACUAUCAAUAGCAGCAGCAAGAUGCUCAGUCGUCAUCGGAAAGGGCUGUUUUAGGCGGAGAAAGGCUUGCCCGCACGUAGCGUAAAAUAAGUUUUGAAGCGGGGCUAAGGAAGGAGGGACGCCCACGGUUGUGAGAGGCGGGGGAAGGGGACAAGUGCGGACGAAGGCCUGGGGUCAAGGCGUGUCGAACCCCAUCGCUAGGCAAGGGCUGAAGGUAGUAAGCGUGUGGCCUCGGUGGGCUAUUUGUUAAGUUCCGUUUGGUGUAGAAUCGUGUCAGUAGGCAGUGAGAGGCUCGUUAGUGCACGGCACGCUAGUUUUGUGUUUGCGUUACGGAUUUGUGGGCGGCACAAACAAUAGCUAUCAGUGCGUGCUGUGGAUGCGGCUGCUGUAUUACGCCAGAUGCAGUGCCGUUGCCGCCGGUGCUGGAAAGUUAGGGUGCGUGGCGCUGCACGGGCUUAUGACGACGGCGAUGUAUGACGAAAUAGUUAUACAGCAGACCUACCUCAGUCACAGCAUACAGUAUUGGCUUGCACGUACCCAUUGAAGCGCUGCUACCGGCGCUCUCGCGUGUGUGUGCGGGGCCUUGGUAACGCAUGCGCAAUCAAGAACAUUAUUACCAAUCAAAGAAAUGCGUUCAUGUGUGUGUGUGUGUGUGUGUGUGUGUGUGUGUGUGUGUGUGUGUCUGUCUGGGCAUUUAAAAAGUGCUUCAUCGAAGUGCCGCCCGACUGCUUGUUGGUGGAAGCCACUGGAUAAGCGAUCUAGCGCGACCGCCGGGUCCACGACGGGGGGGGGGGUAGCCGUUCAUGUGAAGAACGAAACAAUGAAAUCAUCAGUAUGACGUGCCGACGGGGGCACGCAAGGGCAUCCAUUUGGCAGCAGUGCAUCUAUGGUUUGAUCACCAAUCUUUAUGUGAUGGGACUUGGGUUCCAAUGGGUUCCAAUGGCCGGCUUGUGUGCAUGUAUGGAAACGGUACAGAUAGGUGUGUCUUGUGUAAAGCUUCUGCACCGGCAGUCAGAACCCGGCUCUCUUGGCUGUGAUGCGGAAAUUCGUCAGGGCUGGCAAACGGCGGGGCGUGCACGUGGAAUUGUGUGGAUGGAAAUACGUCACCUUCGCGCGUUAGAAAGCGAAAGGUGCCGUCGUGGAUCAAUGGAGGCAUUUAAGGUCAAUGAAUGCAUGCGUGCACAUUCAACAUGCACGGGGGCUAUCUGGGACAGGACUGCUGGCACACGGAAAUGUUCGUAGGUCGCAACAGGUCGCACGCAGCGUAGUAUGGUGUGGCUUGUCCUGUGGCUGGGGCGUCAUGUGCGACCCCCCGUACGUUCAUGAAGUAUUUCGUCUUCUGCAGGCUGUUCGUAGGCGGCAUUCCGGAGGUCAGGCGAGCGAGCGGUUAGCAUGUUAGCAUUUAGUCUGGUCAUAAGGCGGCCAGCCGGCAACACAUGAUAUAGCGUGGGCUCAGCCCACUUUUCCCUUGCAAGGGAGAGCCACCUUUUCUUGUUACAAGCGCUACCGGAGUGUUGCGGCGUGAACUGGACAUAGAGAGCUUAACCAAGCAAACGUAUGCAUCGUUACGCUUGGAUGUACAGGCGGCCACACCUGGGCAACACCAUACCUCCGUACAGGUGACUGUAUCUGCUCUUCGUGCUCCUUUGUGGCAUGGGAGCAAUGGGAAGGCGCGCUAUGAGUGAGGCGGUUUCUCUUUUGAUACUAGGUUGCGUCAAAGCAGCCACUGGACGUGCCAGCGUUCACGGAUUGUUCUUGUGGAUGUACGGUGUGGUGCAACCCGGACUGUCGUUCGUGUGUAAAGGCGUGUGGUCAAGCGACAUUGCACAAUUUCUCACCACGAUCGGUUUUUAUUUGAAGAAAGAACAGAAAGGCCUCUUAAAGGGACAA